AUGCUGCCUCCGUUCCGUCGUCCUCGACGUCCGGCAGCGCCGCCCCCACCACCUCCAGCUGCAGUUCACACGGGGGCCCCUCGUCGGUCGUUGGGGGACUCGCUACCUCGUCGCUCGCUGCUGGCGCCGGAGGUGACGACGCCUUCGGACGAUCAAUACGCAAGGGGAAGAGACAGCGACGAGCGCAAGAGCGAGGAGGGACCGGAGAGCGAAAGGCCGAGGAAAGGAGAUCGAAAGCCGAGAAAGAAGCGCCGCAGUCGCAUCCUGAGCGAGUUGAGGCCCGUCGAGGGACCGGAGAGCGCUUUGCCGAGCGUGCCAGCUAUCAAUGAUGAUGGCUCGCAAGCCAGCGAUGAUCCGUUGGAAGCUCCCGACUCGGGCGAACGAGCAAAGAAGGCGUUCGCAGCGCAGCGAGAAGAAUGCUCACCCACUGUUUGGCAUCUGCGCGGCGCAUCGUCACCACCCGUAUAA